CUGUUUGCGGAACCAGAUACACCACAGCUCCUUUUCCGGUUGGACCAUAAAUUACGGGGACUUCCGUUGGUGCUUUUACUUGCUGGAUAACGAUGGCUUUCCCAGAGUUUACAUCGGAAUAAUUGAAACUUAAAUAAUCAGCCCAUAACACGAGCACAUCCAAAGUUGAUGGCCAGUCUAGCUCCUCCCGUCCCGUCUGCUCUCGUCUCAUUUCUUUCCACGGUGCUUCCCCGCGGCUUCGCCGUGGGGCCUUCCCGGCUCUGCGAGGGCAGGCUGGGGCUGUGGUGGGUCGGCCGCUCGCUGGAGGCUGGAUCCCUGUUGGGGAGGGAGGGAGACACAGAGUGGGCCUCGAAGUAUCACACUGACCUGAUGACUCACAGCCGAGAUGGUGAAUUCACGAUGAACUCUGAGUCCAAAACAGGUCAGACCAACAGCACAGAGGCAGAAAAGGCGCUGUUGGAGAUAGCAGCAAAUAAAGAAGCUUUACUACAAAGCGCUGUCUGGAUCAAAUUUGCCUGCCAGGUGCGAAGCCGAGUCCAGCAGAAUGUGGCAGUGCAGUGUGCCUGUGGAGGUGUGUGUGUGGGCCGGUGUGUGGAUGUGUGUCUACGUGUGUGUCGGGACAUCCAGCCAGGAGCAGAGCUGCUGUUGUAUGGAGACGCUGUGGGAAAAAGUCCGACAACAGACAAACCUGACGCACAGGACAACUCCGCUGGACAUACAGAUAAAAAGGAGGAACACAAAAAAGACCCAGAGACCGUAGUUACCAACAUAUCAAUCAUUCAUGAGGAGACAGAGGACAAACAGGCGAGAGCACAGGAGGAAGAGGAGGAACAACAGCACAGAAACCGGCGCAGAUGCAUCAAGAGAAGUCACCCAAACACACACGUGAGGAGAAGGAGAGUCGAGAAAAUCCACACAGACAGAACAGCUAACACAUCCAAAAAUAGUAUCACAACAGCAGAUGGACACACAGACAGUACAGGCAGUGUCCCAGCUGCUGUGGACAGUCAGGUACACUGUAAAUCUGCAGUCAGACAGACAGACUCCCGAGACUUCUCUGCACCUCCUCCUGUCCGCAGCAGCUCCCGCCUGGCUGCUAAACCACGACGCGUUCACUGUCUGACCAGCCGGGUGAAGCAACCCCCUGCCCCCCCCGACCCGCCCAAACAGACAGAGGGACAGAGCCCGAGCUCUACUGAGGGCGCCAAGUCUGUCACAGAAAAGGUGGUUUCCAUGAAGAAGUCGCACCCGGGUCCUGGGGCUAUUGCAGCAGCGUAUGUAUCCGGGGCGGCUCUUACGUGGCAUCCGGAGAUAAGAGAGAGGCGCUACAGGUGUUCCAGCUGUGGCAAAAAGUUCUUCCAGAUCGGUCACUUAAAGAAACACCAGUUCAGUCACACAGACAAGAAACCCUUCAGCUGCCAAGACUGUGGGAAAAACUACACCUCUGCAGAAAGCUUCAGAGCCCAUCAGAUGAGUCACCGCGGAGAGCGUCCGUUCUCCUGUCCUCACUGCGAGAAGACCUACGGCCUGAAGCGGGAUCUGAAGGAGCACAUGGUCCUGCACACCGGAGAAAAACCUUACGUCUGCGAGCACUGUGGCAAGGCGUUCGCACGCCGCCCCUCCCUACGCAUCCACCGCCUCCUUCACUGCAGCAGAAUGAUUUACACACAGCCUCCUAAGGUGCAGUGUACAGUCUGCCCCAAACUGCUGGCUAACAGCGGCUCUCUGAGGAACCACAUGAAGCUCCACACGGGGGAAAAACCUCACAUCUGUCAGCACUGUGGGAAGUGCUUCAGUCAGAAAGGGAACCUCGAGUGCCAUCUGAGAAUUCACAACGGAGACAAGCCGUAUCCUUGCUCCGAGUGUGACCAGAGUUUCUCCCAGAAACCAGAACUCCGUCGGCACAUGUUUUCCCACACCGGCGGAGGUUUCCUCUGUAGCUACUGUGGGAAAUCGCUGAGGGACCCGCACAGCUUAAAGUCCCAUGAGAGACUGCACACUGGAGAAAGGCCCCAUCGCUGCCCUAUCUGUGGAAAAGGCUACACCUUGGCCACCAAGCUGAGGAGACACAUAAAGUCCUCUCACCUGAUGGAGAAGCCGUACAGCUGCCACUGCGGCGCUUCAUACACUGUGAGGCAAAGUCUGCUGAGGCACCAAGCUCAGCACAGGACUGAGGGAGGAGCUCAGCAGGAGGUGACGGAGUCGGAGGGAGGACACAGAGAGGAGGAGGCUGUGCAAGAGGCAGCGGCUUUAGGCUCCAGUCACCGAAAGCCAAUCAGAGGCAGGCCCAAGAAGAACUCGCUCCCUCAAGGGGAAGGAGAGAAGGAGGAGGUUCAAGUGAAGCGGAAAAGGGGACGAGGAAAAGGGGAGGAAAAGGAGGCGAGGCAGGAAGGGAGGAAAGAGACAUCGAAAGCAGAGAGGGGUGGAGAUAGGGAGGCUUCAGGUGACAUCCAACAUGCCGUUGUCUACGUCCACGCAGACGACCUGUCCACUCCAAGCUCCGCCCCUCUGCUCCUCGCCUCGGAGACUUCGCUGCCUGCUGGGACGGAGCAGGAGCUGGUGGAGGUGGUGAUAUCCGAGGGCGCAGAGCAGUGCAUUGUGGUCCACGGGCAGCAGACAGUAGGAGAGCUGCUGAUCUUACAGGACGAGGGCAGCGGACUCUGCUCUGUGGCGCAGACAGUUGAGAUAAACACAGUGUAGCCCAAAGUCCUGGUUCCUCAAACUGCCUGUGGUGGCUCCUACAGGACGGAUGUUUCACUGAACCCAGAGUCCCAAAGUAAAGAGAUCAGAUCGUGUCAUCUCUGUUAACUUUAUGAUGAAGUGUUUUUUUGUUGAACCCACCUUCCCUCCACCUACCUCGUCUACAUUUUCUUCAGCUUAUUAUUAUUUGCACACCCCAGAUUGCCUUUGAACAACCUCUACAGAACAGAUGUGAACUCAUUAGAUGUAAUUAGCUGCUGGAGGCGAGAGUAAUAACAGUAGCAACUGUGAUGUUUCCCAGUCGACAAGUAGAGAAGAGCGAAAGAGUCCUACCCGUUACUGCUUAGAUGCCAACAUGUUUAGUUGCAUUCAGGUCUACUUGCUGCUUCUGUAGAAACCGGUCUUUUUUUAGUUGUGGUUGUUGAACAUCAGUGCACUGUUUGAUUCUGAGUGGCUGACGCCCGAAGCUGACAUUAACUGCUGAUGCUUAAGAUAAAACAAACACUUAAGCUGUCAGAGUCCAUUGAAGUUGUUCUGGAAAUAUCUCAACAUGACAUGACGUCUUCUGCAUUUAGCCACAUUAGAUAUUCUCUGGAGUUAAACCAAAUAAAACCUACUGUAGGUGUGCCUUUAAUUAGAUUACUUCUGUGUUGGGCUGUGAAUCAAAAUGUUUUUAUGGUACUGACCAAGUAUCCACAGCUCCUGCACACUGUCAACACUUUCACAGCUCUCGCAGCUAUUGAAUAUAUUCGCCGUACAUGUUGACAGUGUGCAGGAGCUGAGUCUUUGUUUUGAACUAUUGCUGUCUGUAUACAGGUGUGCAGAAACAUUUUUUCUGCACAACCGACAAAAAAAAAAAAGAGAUGGACUGUCAUUCAGAACCUCAUAUUAAUACUUUAUUCUGCAUUCAAGAGUGAAACAAAACAGUAAAGCUGUGGGCCAUAAAACUAAUGCUCCGUAGAGCUGAGGGGGACUCCAUAGUCGGGUGAUAAUUCUUUGUGGAUUUGUCCCUACAAGCGACUACUUUUACAUUGAACAUAGAAUUUGAUCCACUGUUAAUAUGAAAACGUCAAUUAGUGCAGCUUUAAAGGAGCAGUGUGGAGGAUUUAGUGGCAUCUAGCGGUGAAAUUGCAGUUUGCAACCAUUUGAAUAACCAUUUGGGCGAAAGGCCCAAUCUAGAUCCAGUGAUAGGUUUGUCCGUUCUGCGCUACGCCUCUGUAGAUAUAAACGUCUUAUUCUAAGGUAACGAAAACACAACGAUUCUUAUUUUCAGGCGAUUAAACACUAAUGAAAACAUACUUAUAAAUAUUAUAUUCCAUUUCUGCCAAUAGCUCCUCCUAAAUGUUGCACACUGGACCGGAGCUUAUUCGGCUAAUACUGAACUGUUAAAAAACAAAACAAAAGCUGACUGUAUAAAACUGCGUUACCCAAUUAACCACAUAUCUAAAAAUUUGGCUAAUUCUUGUAGACUUUCAGGCAGCGACCAACCUGCCCCUCCUCCCUCUACCAGCAGGGAGUCCCUUCACAUUUAUGUGAAUUGUGAUCUGAUUUCUUUUCUUUUUCUUUCACAGCAAUCAAAAGGAACCAACAAGCAGUAUUGAUAAGAGUUGUACUGAUAAAAUGGUAAUGAUACCCAUCCCUCUAUGGCUCAUUCAAUUUCUGUUUUGUAAAAUUGGCUUAUUGAAAGGUUAGGCAGAUUUCAGGGGGCGCUGAUCGUGUAAUUGUAACAUCUCUGGUUCAAGUCCAGCCAAGGGACCUUUGUUGCAUAUAAUCACUCAUGUCUUAUCCUUCAUUUCCCAUCGUCUCUCUGUUCUCUAAUGAAGGCAGAAAAAAUACCACCCCAGGUUGACUUAAAAAAACAUGUCUUUUGAGCUUUUGCUGGUCUGUCAGAGUAGAAUAUGGUUUCUGUGCAUUUCUUUUUUGACAUGUAAUUGUUAAACUUUGGUGGAAAAUCACUGAAAAAUGUACUGCUAUCGUACUCCAUUGGAGCUGCUGGAAAUACACUAUAUGGCCAUAAGUAUAUAGACAGACAUCUCUGCAUACUUUUGGGCUGUUUGGGCUAGACAGCUUGAAAUCCUACUGCUACAGAAUAGUGAUAUUUUAGACAAUAGAAACUUUUCCCAUAUUUACAAACGUGUGCAACACCAUUAAUGUCAUAGAGUAAAGUGUACACAGUUAUCCCCAUUCGCCCCUCUCUGUCUGACUGCAGGCUUCCCCCCCCCCCGAGUAUGGCCUUUCGGGACAGCUAUAAACACUUUUGCCUUCAGAAGGGGUCUGAUGCAUUUGUACAAAAUAAUUUGUUUCGAGCAAGCCCUGGCUUUUAUGCCGAUAGUUUUUAUAAUGAGAUGUUCAAUCACAUGUCGGUGUAAUUGUUUGGGUCUCCACAUACUUCUGGCCAUGUAAUGAAUCUCUGAUCGAGUAUACCACAGGAGUAAGAAAUUCACAUUCAAAAAUGUGGCAAAAAAACUGCAAUCCAAUUGUUGUGGGGGGGGUUUUUCCAAGUAGUUUGUCGGUCUCCGGCCGGACGCAAACCCGAGGCAUUGCAGUUUAUGGUUGGUGCUUUAGAGCCUUAGACAACCAGGGUGAGGAAGCAGCCUCAGUGGACCAAACUCUGUUAUAAAUCUAAUGUUGUUUACAGCUUCAGUGUCCCAAAGCACUCCCAGCUGUCCUCAGCUUCUGCCACUCACUGCCAACACUGUUAAUGUUGCUGGGAGGUAGUCUACUGACCCACAAGGCACAGCCUCCCCUGUAAAACAGCUGUCUGGAUCUUUUGUAGCAUUUCUUAUGACCUGAAAAAGUUUGUGAAUAAAAAUAAAUUCCUACAUAAAGAUGA